UAAUGUAUAUCAUAGUAUGUAUUCAAACUAAUCUAUUAACUAUUUAAAUAAAUUAACAUAAUAUCGACAAUAGAACUAUCUAAGGUUUUGCAAUUAUUAUCACUAACUUGUAAUUUAUUGUAAUUGUUAAUUAUCUUUACUGAAAAUACUUAUGUAUUGAGGAGCAGUAUAUUUGUGUAAGCAAUAUUUUUAUAAAUAUAGGUACCUACUAAAUAGGUAGUUUACAUUUACUGUUUAAACAUUAACCUGUCCUGUUGUAACUUAUUCACUUUUAUAGUAUUAAAUGGAUUCUGCUUUUGCUGAAAAUACAAAUAGACUUAAGCCACUCAAUGAAUUAAAUAGUGAAGAUCGACUUUUAAUAUCGAUGUGCACUUUGGCUAGGGAGAAAGCAUACGUUCCAUACAGCAACUUCAAAAUUGGUGCUGCCUUACGAUGUGAUGAUGGUACCAUAUUCUCAGGCUGUAAUGUAGAAAAUGCUUCGUAUGGGCUUGCAAUAUGUGCUGAACGUACAGCUAUCGUAAAAGCUGUAAGUGAAGGAAAAACUAAAUUCACUACAAUUGCGAUUGCUGGAUUGAAUAAAAAUCAAUUUGUUCCUCCUUGUGGUGCUUGCAGACAAGUAUUAAGUGAAUUUAAUAAUCCUAAUAAUGACAUGAUUGUUUAUUUAUAUAAACCGGAGGGUACUAAUGUUAUUAUGACAAGUGUUUCUGAGUUACUUCCAUUGGAUUUUAAAUUUAAUUUUUAAUACCAUUGAAUAUGUUUGUUUAUCAAGUAAAAAUAAAUUAUCUACUAACUUAUAUAAAAUUUUACCUAUUAUAAGUUAGUUUUAACAAAUUUACUUAUGAAUUUUUGGAGAUAAAUUAUAAUGUAAUAACUAUUUAUGUUUUAUACUUAUUACUUUGAUUUACUAGUAAAACAUUAGUCUUUUUAAAAAUUUAAAUAAUUAUAUAA